GCACGCGAGCUGUUUACAGUCGUAAACCAAUCACCUGGACCAUCUGAGACAGGAGCCAUGUUGUAACUUUUACUGUAGACGGUGCCUGUUUUAUUAGGCUGCUGACCGUCCGGACCAGUGACUACCUCCCUUUUGUAAAGAAGGAAUAUCUUGACUCGGUUUUCUUGAUUUCGGAGACGAAAUGAACGCAAACAGCUUCCUUGUUGCAGUACGGAGAGGAUGCACGCAGACCUUCAGACGACCUCAACUCUUUUUACCUGCUUCCUCCUCACUGGUUCAGGUCUGCUAUCAGUCCACCGAGGUCAUCCCUGCCGCACGACUGCCGUACAGAGUGGAGGUGACCGCUGGAAAACGCUACGCCUGGUGUGCCUGUGGACACAGUAAGAGACAGCCUUUCUGUGACGGUGCUCACAGGACAAAAGCUCCCAGCAUCUCUCCUCUCCGCUUCACGCCUGAAAAGGAUCAGAAGGUGAUGCUGUGUGCCUGCAAGCAAACCAAAAACGCUCCUUACUGUGACGGCUCACACUUUAAGGUCAUCUUCAGGGAUGUAGUAAAGUCAGUGAAAGGUAUUUUUAAAUGAACGGUGCUCCAGAAGUCUGCGGUAGAAGACACAGGAGCAGAAACCAUCAGUGAGAUGAAGCAGAAGAUCAUUUCUUAUGGCUACCUUAAUCAUGUUCAAAAUGAACUACAGCAGCUCUGGGGAUCACCAGUAUAAUAUUUUAUUUAAUUUUGUGUCUCUGUGUUUAUAUUACAGGUGUGCAGAUAGUAAACACAUCAGCACUUAAUUUAAGGUUUUUAGUGGGCUGCAAACUUGUAUCAGUUAUUAAAUUACAAUAUAUUUAGUGAAUUACUUACUGCUUCAUGCCAUGAAAUGUAAUGUCAUGUGUUGUAUUAUUCUCUUUCUACUUGUCUGGCUGCUAUUGUGACUGUAUAAAUGCCAAAAGGUGCUCAGGAUUUUUUAAGGUAGCACAAUGCUGACACAUUUGUGUUGCCUCAAAGCACAGAUAUAAAGUCAUAUAUUUUCACUUGAGAGAGAUGUGCCAACUGACGAUAACAUUUCAUGUAUUUUUAUUGGUAAAUAAAUGUAACUGUUUAAACAGUA